GUUGCUCUCAGGUGAUGAUGGGUCGAUAGAAGGAAGAGCUCUCGCGCCUUUUACCUGUCUGCGCGCACAGGGCUGGUCGGAGGCGCGCGCUCAUUCCCCUCAGAGACGCGCCUUUGGGAGCGUGAGUGAGUUCUCCUCUCGCGCGCCAGGAAUAAAGCGAAGCCUUCAGUUCAACACUUCAGUUCAAUGAGGCUGUUCGUGAACUAUUGGAGUACUCAAGCAUCGCCACAGCAUCGUAGAGUAACGUUACUCCCCUCGCGUCAUGUCUCACUCUGAGAGAUGGGCAAGUUCGACGAGCACGAGAGGGUAAUCCUCAACGUCGGGGGCACGAGGCACGAAACUUACCGGACCACGUUGAAGACCCUGCCGGGCACGCGUCUGGCCCUGCUCGCCUCCGAGUCGGACCUCGAGUCGGUUCUGGACCAGCUGCAACAAGUUCCGGGGUUCAUCGAGUACAACGCGCGCAGCAACGAGUACUUCUUCGACCGGCACCCGGGUGUCUUCGCCUACGUGCUCAACUACUACCGGACCGGGAAGCUGCACUGCCCGGCGGACGUGUGCGGUCCGCUGUUCGAGGAGGAGCUGUCCUUCUGGGGCAUCGAUGAGACGGACGUGGAGCCGUGCUGCUGGAUGACCUACCGACAGCACCGGGAUGCUGAAGAGGCGCUGGAUGUUUUCGAGAUGAACGUGGACAACGACGAGGACGACGAGUACGGCAAGCGACUGGGCAUCGAGGAUGUGGUGUCCGCAGACGGCACCGUCAGCAGGUGGAGGAAGUGGCAGCCGGUCAUCUGGAACCUGUUUGAGGACCCGUACUCCUCUAGAGCCGCCCGGUUCAUUGCAUUCGCCUCCUUGUUCUUCAUUCUGGUUUCCAUCACAACCUUCUGCCUGGAGACCCACGAGGCCUUCAACACGAUCAUCAACAAGACGGACGUGUCUCGCAACGACAGUCUGGAGUACGAGAUCGAGACGGAUCCGGCGCUCACCUACGUGGAGGGAGUUUGCGUUCUCUGGUUCACCUUUGAGUUCCUGGUGCGCGUGACGUUCAGUCCGGAUAAGCUCGAGUUCGUCAAGAGCGUCCUCAACAUCAUAGACUUCGUGGCCAUUUUGCCGUUUUACUUGGAGGUCGGAUUGAGCGGACUUUCCUCCAAAGCGGCCAAAGAUGUUUUGGGCUUCUUGCGGGUGGUGCGUUUCGUGCGGAUCUUGCGGAUCUUCAAGUUGACGCGCCACUUCGUGGGCCUUCGCGUACUGGGACACACUCUCCGCGCGAGCACAAACGAGUUCCUGCUCCUCAUCAUCUUCCUGGCGUUGGGCGUGCUCAUCUUCGCCACCAUGAUCUACUACGCCGAGCGGAUCGGAGCCAGUCCGAACGACCCUACGGCCAGCCACCACACUAUGUUCAAGAACAUCCCCAUUGGCUUUUGGUGGGCUGUGGUCACUAUGACCACUUUAGGUUAUGGAGACAUGUACCCUCAGACGUGGUCUGGCAUGGUUGUGGGCGCGCUGUGUGCCCUCGCUGGUGUGCUUACGAUAGCCAUGCCGGUGCCCGUCAUCGUCAAUAACUUUGGCAUGUACUACUCGCUAGCCAUGGCCAAACAGAAGCUCCCCAAGAAGAGAAAGAAACACAUCCCUCAGGUUGUGCAGACUGGCUCGCCGUCUUACUGCAAAACGGAUCUGAGUACAGCAUGCAACAGCACGCAGGGAGAGCUGUGCCUCGGGCAGGGCAGAGGACUAGAGCGCCACCGCUCAGUGUUUGCGGACUGCAGCGCAGGAAGUGACAUCAGCAUGUCUCCAGAGGAGCGGAUACCCAUGCGUCACUCCAGCAUGCGUGAACAGGACCGUCACACUGAAGGCACGUGCUUCCUACUGGCCGCCAGCGACUACACCUGCACAGCAGAUACAGCUAUUAGAAAAACAGGCUAUGAGAAAUCCGGAAGCUUAAACAACAUAGCCGGCACCGCUCUCCAUCUCUCUCCAGUGACCUCGCCCUGUCCGAUUCACCGUUCCCCUAUCCCGUCCAUCUUCUGAGGCCACGCCUACUCACACAUGCACUGCAGAGACUCCG